AUGUGUGUGCAACCUUUCAUUCUGACUAGAUUUGACUUGGGCAGAUCAGGUAUAAGUUGGAUUUAUUUUACUAGCCAGGACGAUCUGCUCCAAAUGAAGGAUAGCCUACAAUUAGGGUUCGGAUGAGGUACAUAUACUAUACCCGGGUAUAUGCCCACGAGGUAAAAAUAUCGGUCUGUCGGGAAAAAAGCGGCGGAUCGUCGCGCCUCGGAGUUGCUCAUCAUCGCUCUGCGACUGCAAGCCGCGGCUUGGGAUUUGGUGCGCGAUAGCGGCGAGGCGAGACAUUUUGCUGCGACGAUCCGCCGUUAUUUUCCCGACAGACUGAUACCCCAAUUUUCCGAACCCUACCUUACCUCUGGCGUUAUAUUUAUUUUAUUCCAAAAAAUACGUCAUCAGUGCCUUUUUCGUUAAACAGUUUGAAGUAUAUAAAUUUGACCUGAUUUAGGACACCGUCGUCAUUGGCGUCGCAGUUGUCACAACGAGAUCGACCGGUUUUUAUCCAACUUUCCUCCGAUUUUCCGUCGUAACGAAAACCUUUUUCCGUUCUUUGCCCGCCCGGGAUUCAGAGGAUUCGGAAUCCCAUCAGAAGUUGUGAAUGAUCGAAUGGGGGUCCCUUGCGAGGGCCCAGUCGUUGAGCCCUUGACUUACGGGACCUUCGAUCUGAACAAUGAUACCCUAACUGUCAGGACUACUGUAGCUUUGGUUACUGAUGAGAGAAGAGAAACCGGAGAGAUCUGUCUGAUUCUGGUGGAUACGGGAAUGGCCACUCAAAAGAUGGAUCUCCUCAAGGGUCUUUCGGCCGUGGGGGUUCGUCCUGAGUACAUUAAUAAUGUGGUGUUGACUCACAUGGAUCUGGAUACUGUGGGGAAUCUAAACAUGUUCCCUCGGGCAAAUGUUUAUGUUGGGAACAGGAGAGCUAAGGGGAAUACUGUAUUCUUUCCCAAAAGCAUUGCGUAUUUUGACCCCGAGCAAACGGACCUGCCCUAUACUCAGCUCUGUGACAACACUUUUCUCCUUUUGACCCCAGGAUUUACAAAUGAAGACAUCAGUUUGGUGGUCAGAAAUGUUACUGGCUUCGGAACUGUGGCCCUGUCUGGUAAAGGAAUAUGAAAAGUAAAGAAGGUUUAGGUAAUCUGAUAAUAUCUGAGGAAGAUUUGGCUACAAACGAGACCAUCAGUCGGUUCGGCCAGUCAGAUGAGCAUAAGAAAUUGUGGGAAUCGAGCAGAAAAGAAGUGGCCUGCUCUUCAGAUUACAUCCUUCCGGGAUAUGGGAAGGGAUUCAAGAUCGAUGAGAAGAUCAAGAAGACCUUGGAAUGCGACAAAGACGAUCUCUGA